CAAUACUUGUUAUCCUUAAUUUUGGGCUGGGUGUGGCACUUUCUGUUCGUUAAUCUGGGGAAGGUAAUUCUGCAACGUUUUGCGAUAUAAAAGAUCGCAAAUUUUGUUAGCAAUUCAGAGUUUGUCGAAGCACAGAAGCGAAUUCAUUCCAUCGGAAAAUGGCAUUCAAGUUUGUUCUCCUUGCUGCUCUCGCAGCUGUGGCUAACGCUGGCUUAAUCCCAGCCGCAGCACCAGUGGCUUACGCAGCUGCUCCAACUGCCCAUUUGGCAUACGCCGCCCCUGUAGUCAAGGCAGUGGCUCCAGCCAUCGCCGUAGCCAAAACCGUCGAACCAGAACCAUACGACCCACACCCACAAUACUCCUACGGCUAUGACGUAAAAGACGGUUUGACCGGAGACAGCAAAUCCCAACAUGAAACUAGAGAUGGCGAUGUUGUCCAAGGACAAUACUCCGUUGUUGACCCCGAUGGCACACUCAGAACAGUCGACUACACUGCCGAUCCAGUCAAUGGUUUCAACGCUGUCGUCAGCAAGCAACCACUCCAAGCUAAAGUUGCUGUUGCCAAGGUUGCUGCCGCACCAGUUGCUUACGCCGCACCUGUAGCCAAAAUUGCCACUCCUGUAGCUUACGCUGCACCAAUUGCCAAGGUAGCUGUUGCUCCAGUAGCUUACGCCGCUGCACCAGCUAUCGCCAAGAUCUACCACUAAAUGAAUGACUGAAUAAUGUACAUAAUUAUUUAUUUAUUUAUUUGAAUAAAAGAC